CCUGUGGGGCGGGGGCAGAGCCUCAAGAGCCAAUAGAGAAGCGAGACAGCGAAGCGCUUCCUGAGUUCGGGGGUCGGCGAAGAUGGCGGCCGCCGAAGGGGUUUGGUGCCUCUGCGGACUAUUAAGGUUUUUUUAUUCAUUAUUGUUCCCUGGGCUAAUAGUGUGUGGAAUUUUAUGUGUGUGGUUGGCCAUUUGUCUUUGGGGAAUUAGACUACUGCUACAGAGAAAGAAAAAGUUGGCGUCAACCAGCAAAAAUGAGAAAGAUCAAAUGGUGAUUGCAUUUUUUCAUCCUUACUGUAAUGCUGGUGGAGGAGGAGAAAGAGUGUUAUGGUGUGCUUUAAGAGCCCUGCAAAAAAAGUAUCCUAAAGCAACUUAUGUUGUUUAUACUGGUGAUGCUAAUGUCACUGGUCAGCAGAUACUAGAAGGAGCUGUUCAAAGAUUUAACAUCAGAUUAACUCACCCAGUGAAGUUUGUUUUCCUGAAGAAACGCUACCUUGUGGAGGAUUCGCUCUAUCCUCACUUCACCUUACUGGGCCAAAGUCUAGGCUCCAUUUUUCUUGGCUGGGAAGCUCUGACGCAGUGUGUUCCUGAUGUUUAUAUCGAUUCGAUGGGAUAUGCUUUCACUCUUCCUCUGUUUAAGUAUUUAGGUGGUUGUCAAGUUGGAAGCUAUGUUCAUUAUCCCACUAUCAGCACAGAUAUGCUCUCCGUAGUGAGGAAUCAAAAUGUGGGUUUUAAUAAUGCAGCUUUCAUUACUCGGAAUCCUUUUCUCAGCAAACUGAAGCUCAUCUAUUAUUACUUAUUUGCUUGUAUUUAUGGGCUUGUUGGUUCUUGCAGUGAUGUAGUCAUGGUCAAUUCUUCUUGGACUCUAAACCAUAUUCUCUCACUCUGGAAGGCUGGAAAUCGCACUAACAUUGUUUAUCCGCCUUGUGAUGUGCAAACAUUUCUGGACAUCCCUUUGCAUGAGAAAAAGACAAACCCAGGACAUUUAUUGGUUUCUGUUGGUCAAUUCAGGCCAGAAAAGAAUCACCCUUUGCAGAUCAGAGCCUUUGCUCAAUUGCUGAAGAAGAAGGUGGCUGAGUCCUUUCCUUCCCCGAAACUUGUCCUCAUUGGAGGUUGUCGCAACCAAGAUGAUGAACUUAGGGUAAAUCAACUAAGAAGACUGUGUAAGGAUCUCGGCAUUCAAGAUGAUGUGGAAUUUAAAGUAAACAUCCCAUUUGAUGAAUUAAAGGAUUACUUAACUGAAGCAACAAUAGGUCUGCAUACCAUGUGGAAUGAACAUUUUGGAAUUGGACUUGUUGAGUGCAUGGCAGCUGGCACGAUUAUACUUGCCCACAAUUCAGGGGGUCCAAAGCUUGACAUUGUGGUUCCUCAUGAAGGGAAUAUAACUGGCUUUCUGGCCGAAAGUGAAGAAGGAUAUGCUGAGACGAUGGCUCAUAUUCUUUCCAUGUCUGCGGAACAGAGACUUCAAAUCAGAAGCAAUGCCCGCGCAUCGAUAAGCAGAUUCUCCGAUCAGGAGUUUGAAGUGACAUUCUUAGCAUCUGUGGAAAAGUUGUUUAAAGAUUGCCAUGUCCAUACAAACUAAAGCAUUUAAUAUAAACGAUCAAAUGCCUUCAUAUGUUAAUAUUUUUCUUAAGUCAUGCCCUACUGUAAUAAAGUCAACCGAAGCAAUGCUUUCA